UCCGGCACAACAGCAGAUCAAGACCUUUUAACCACCGCAUAUUAGGACAAGCAUCUGCGAAAACUAUUAGAUUCAACAACUACCCCGGCAAAUCUGGUAAGCCCGGUGUACGCGACCUUUGCCACCUCGAGGGCUGAGGUGAUAAACGGGCCCAUGAGAUGGGCAGGGGAGUUAAUCAGAUCUUGGCCCAGUUAUCAGCUACACUUCCACCAGCCACGAUGUCCUCCGCCUACUCCUUCAACGGAAGAGUCGCUCUAGUUACAGGGGGCGGCAGCGGCAUCGGGCGGGCCGUGUGUCAGCUGCUGGCCAGGGACGGCGCCCGCGUGGUGGUGACGGACAUCAACCUGAAGGGGGCUGAAGAGACGCUCCAGCUGAUAUCAGGCUCAAGUCAGCACCUGGCGCUGCAGAUGGACGUUACACAGAAGGACGCCGUGGAGGCGGUAAUCGCGGCAGCCCGGGAAAAGCUCGGAGCCCCGCCCAGCCUCCUCGUGAACUCCGCGGGGAUCGCCAAACUGGAGCCAUUUUUGGAUGUGAAGCAGGACCGUCUUAAUGCCAUUAUCGACAUCAAUCUAAAGGGCACAUUCCUCGUGACUCAAGCCGUCACCAAGGCGUUGCUGGAGAAGGAGCAGGAGACUGAGGGAGAGACGGGCGCUGUGGUCAACAUAGCAAGCAUGUGUGGCAAGACGGGCCUAAAAUACGCGAGUCACUACGCGGCAUCAAAGGGCGCCGUUAUUUCACUAAGCAAAACUUGCGCUGCCGAGCUGGCCGGGAAGGGCAUCAGGGUGAACUGUGUAUUGCCUGGACUGAUCGCCACGCCCAUGAGUCAACUGAUCCCGGAGAAGUCAGUGCAGUCACAUAACAGCAAGAACCCUCUGGGAAGGCCUGGCAGGCCAGAGGAAGUGGCCGAGGUGGUGGUGUUCCUGCUGUCGGGGAGAAGCAGCUACAUGGUGGGCGCCUGCGUGGAGGUCUCAGGAGGGACAGACAUGUGAUAACCGUCGGCUGCAUGGGCCCGAGGCUGUGAUGAGACGGAGAUUGAUUGAAAUUAUAUCCAAUGAGAAA